CGCGCUCGGAUGGCGGCGGCGGUGGCGAUGACGGCCGCGGGCUGCGGGGCGGCUGGGGCAGCCCGCUCCCUCUCCCGCUUCCGAGGCUGCCUGGCUGGCGCGCUGCUCGGGGACUGCGUGGGCGCCUUCUACGAGGCGCACGACCCCGUCAGCCUGACGUCAGUCUUGAGUCACGUGCAGAGCCUGGAGCCGGACCCCAGCACUCCCGGCAGCGCGCGGACAGAAGUAUUAUACUACACAGAUGACACAGCCAUGGCCCGGGCCCUGGUGCAGUCCCUGCUGGCCAAGGAGGCCUUCGACGAGGUGGACAUGGCUCACAGGUUUGCUCAGGAGUACAAGAAGGACCCCGACAGGGGAUAUGGUGCUGGAGUAAUCACUGUCUUCAAGAAGCUCCUGAGCCCCAAGUGCCACGAUGUCUAUGAGCCUGCCCGGGCCCAGUUUAAUGGGAAAGGCUCCUACGGCAACGGGGGUGCCAUGCGGGUAGCUGGCAUAUCCUUGGCCUAUAGCAGUGUCCAGGACGUGCAGAAGUUUGCCCGGCUCUCAGCCCAGCUGACACACGCCUCCUCCUUGGGUUACAACGGUGCCAUCCUGCAGGCCCUGGCCGUGCACCUGGCUUUGCAGGGUGAACUGUCCAGUGAGCACUUCCUGGAGCAGCUCCUGAGCCGCAUGGAAGAGUUGGAGAGUGAUGCCCAGUCCCUCUCGGAUGCCAGGGAGUUGGGCAUGGAGGAACGUCCCUACUCCAGUCGACUGAAGAAGAUUGCAGAGCUUCUCGAGCAGGACUCUGUGACAAGAGAGGAAGUGGUGGCUGAGCUCGGGAAUGGCAUUGCUGCCUUUGAAUCUGUGCCCACUGCCAUCUACUGCUUCCUGCGCUGCAUGGAGCCCGACCCUGAGAUACCCUCUACCUUCAACAACCUCCAAAGGACUCUCAUCUAUUCCAUCUCACUUGGUGGGGACACAGACACCAUUGCCACCAUGGCUGGAGCCAUUGCUGGCGCCUACUACGGGAUGGAACAGGUGUCAGAGAGCUGGCAGCAAAGCUGUGAGGGCUAUGAGGAGACAGACAUCCUGGCCCAGAAUCUGCACCGGGUCUUCCAGAAGAGUCUGUGAGGGCCAUAGCUGCUGGGCUCUGCCAUGGUCAGCAGGACCAACUACAGAUUGAAUUGGAAACCUUGAGGUUCCUCGGCUUGGCUCCCCUGCCUCAGUCUUCCUGAGGGCACCAUUGGGCCUGGAGUCUCUGGACACCGUUGGACAGUGCGGGAGGGCGGGGUGCCUCCCUGGUGCUGCGUUCCUGGUUUGUUGCAGAGCCUAAGGGCUCUUCCCAGUGCCUGAGCCAGAAGACAUGGGGAACCAGGGCAGUUUUUAUUUUGGAGGAAUACUUCCAGCGUUCCCUUUUAUCUAGGAUAUGGAAUUUAAGGAGGUGAAAAUGGUCUGCGGUAGCAUCAUUUCUCCCUAUUGGGUUCUAGCCAGUUUGCCAGAAAGCCUGUCUUUGACUGGACAGGACCCCCGAGGCAGCACAUUUGUAUGGACCAAGGACACAGGUACGUGCAUCUAGCUGAUGUAGGUACACACCUGGCCCUUGGCUUUGUGGGUUUAAUAACAGCUUCCAGUGGAAGUCACUGAGCAAUAAACACUUCUUGGUAAAUCCCACCACUGUUGCCCAUGUUUCUCCCUCCCUGAAUAGAUUCCUCAGUGAAGACUGACUCCUCAAGCUACUACCUCCCUGUCUGUGCUGUGCUGCCCCAGGAGCUACGAACCCAGGACAGUGAGCUGCUGUUGUCAAGGCAGAUUCCUCCAGGAGUUUCUCCAGCUUUUGGCAUUACGUGGCCAGGAAGGGCAGAGCAGGCAUGAUUUGGUGGUGUUUCCAGUUGGAGAGCACUCAGAGUGGCCCAGGAAGCUGGGCCAAGUCCUUUGCUGGAACAGUGGAUAGGAACAGGCCAGAUUUCCCUCCUCUCAGAGCGGGCGUCAUCAUAGGCUGCUCCCCAAUUAGGACCCAGGCCCAGCUGUGCCAGGAAGGGAACCCUGUAAAAGAUGGCAGAAGGAGCCUUCUGUCAUCACCUUUUGGGUGGGGAGGGCACAUUCCCUCAGAAUGCCUUGGGUGGACUGAAUGCUGUAUGCCUCAUUCUAUAUCUUGGGCUCCAGUUAAAGGCCUUGCCCCGUAAGGAAGUUUUGCACAGCAUCCAUUUUGAGAAAAGGAAAAUUGGAAGGGAGGGGACGCAUCCCCUCAAGCUGUGAGGAUACUUUGCGAGCGUUCUUCUCUGCCUCCAUGGAAGAGAGAAGCUGGGCAGCUCUGCAGCUAGCCUGAGGCUUCAGGACUGCCCUGCAGGCCUGCUUUCAGCCAGGUUGGGGCACACCACAGGUCUGCUGCCCCAGCUCCUCAGAGCCAGAGGUAUCCCUGGGCAGGCUGUGGAACAGGUGCUUUUGGCUCUGGACAGCUCCCCCAGGCCUGUCUUCAGCAUUGGGCCUGGUGUAGCUCUGCCCUCAGAGUCAUGAUUUCAUUCAUAAUUUGUAUCCCAUGUUGAAACUUGGCCUUGGGAUCCUGAGCCAGCGGUCAUGCUCCACUACCCCUGAGAGCUUGCAGGAAUGUUCCAGGGAAGAUUGAUCAGUCUCCCCCAGCUCCUGCCGCGGCCUGCCUUCGGUUUGUUAAAGUGCCUUUCAGCAUUUAUUUGGUGCAGAGCCUUGGCAGCUUGGGAGCAUAGAGCACGUCUGAUGUGGUGGUGACAGAACCCAAGGUUGGGAGCUGCUGAGGAACACACGCUCCUGAGAGGGGCUACAGCAAGACCUGGAGAACUCCCCAGGCGCCAGGAAGUCCAGAGGCUUGGGCGCCCCCUGCAUGGAGCCAUGGCAGCACGGCGCUGUUUUAUACAACAGGUUUUAUUGAGG